ACGUUGGACUCCGUGCUGACAUUGCAGAGUCUGCUUGGGAUUCUCUCUCUUCCCCUCCUCUACCUGUGUGUUCUCUCUCCCUCAACAUAAAGAAAUAAACUUUAAAAAAAAUAGUGCAAGGGAGAGAGCCAGCAGAGGCGUCGCGUCGCUACCACCACAUCCACAGUCAUGCUGAAACACGAGUUGUUUGUGGACAUGACCUGUGAAGGCUGCUCCAGUGCAGUCAGUCGGGUGCUCAACAAGCCGGGAGGAGUUGAGUUUGGCAUUGACCUGCCUAACGAGAAGGUUUGCGUCAACUCUGAGCACAGUGUGGAUCUUCUGCUGGAGACCCUGGGAAAAACAGGACAAGCUGUUUCCUACCUCGGCCCCAAGUAGUGAGGGCCUGGACCCUGGGCCCAAGAUGGAGCAAAGCGGGCAGGCCGCUGAUCCUCUCCCGCCUUCCCGACAGACCUGGGCCUGGCAGUCUACUCAGCAAUAGGAGUUCCUACAGAGACCCUCACUUGCCCUGCUCCUCCCUAGCGUCCCUGCAAUAAAAUCGAGCCACUUUGGUUGUAAGUGUUAAAAAAAAAAUAGUGCAAGGGCAAUUAAUUGUGCAAGGCAUUUAUUUUAUUAAGGGUAGAAAAUAUUUCCAUAGAUUGAUAAUGCGAUAGAUGAUUAACUUGGAUCAUGUUAUAGAUGAUUCAUUGCCUCCUUAGUUAAGGCAACAAGUCCUUUAUGAGAUUCAACCCUAGCUGGUAUACUUAGAAUGGUAAUUUUUUUUUUUUUUUAAGUUUAUUUAUUUUGAGAGAGUGAGAGAGCACGUGGGAGCAGGGGAGAGGCAGAGAGAGAGAAUCCCAAGCCAGCUGUCAGUACAGAGCCCAGCGCAGGGCUCGGACUCAUGAACCGUGAGAUCCUGACCUGAGCCGAAAUCUAGAUGUUUAAUCAUCUCAGCCACCCAGGCGCCCCUAAAAUGGUAAUUUCUGAGAAGAGAAGGCCUUUGGAUCAUAAUAUUCUCAUUAUAUAAAGAAACAGUUUUGAGAAGCUGUGAUUUGCCACCAGGUCAUAGAGCUAAUGACAUAAAUCACUUUCACAAAGGAAUCUAAUUUCUAAAAUCAUACAUUCUAAAAUAACCCAAAGUUACCCUGGUCCUUUAUCUUCCUCUCUCUCGGACCCAUCCUGUAAUUCCAGCCCAUCACAUGCAGCCUCUGAAAGGUCCACUCAGCCACCCCAAAUCAGGGUGGUUAUGUGUGUAUAAUUUCUUUCUGGAUGAAAUGUGACUUCCUUCUUGAGUCUUAAAUUUUACUUUGAUUUCAGUGCCUUGGAUUAAUCAACCUAAUUAGGAGACCGUUAAUGUCUAGAGACUAUUUUUCGUGCGUGUCAGUGGGGUUUUUUUUUUUUUGUGCUACAUGAUACUUGAGGUUGGAAGGUCAGAAAAAUGUAGCUCUUACCAUUCAAUAAAUGUUCCAGUUGUUAAAUAAUCAUAUUGCCCUGUACGCCAUGUUAAUUAUUUGUUUUACUAAUUGUAAUAAAUAUCUAACAUAAGGACAAAUGCUUUUAGGUAUUUUUGGGUAUUAUUAACCUUUAUUUUACAGGGUAGGGCUUAGAAAUACUACCUUCGGUUUCAGAUAGUGACUCCACUUAAUUGUAUGACUUGGACAUGUUUUUGGACUUUAGUGUGCUUUUAUUCGUUGUCACGAUGGUUUGUUUAGCUGUAAAUAAUACAUAAAGUGCUUAGAAUGGGGCUUGGCAUAUGUUGAGCAUUUGACUAUUUGCUGAAUGGAUGGAUGUAGUUUUGGUGGUAGUAUGUGCUGAUUAAACUGAUAAAAAUAUAUGGAUAAUGACUCUUCAUCAGUUACCUACUCUUCUAAAUAAAUCAGCUUCUUAUAUAAAGAAUAAGCUAGCUAUAUGAUGAGGGACAAGAGCAGUUUAUUUUGUCUGUAAACAGGAAUCACUUAUAAAUGAGUUUAAGGUAAACAUAUUAUUUUAGUUUGUUGAAUGCCAUGGAAUAUUACCAUUGAAGCCAAAGGAAUUGUUUAGAAAAACUGUUGAUGUGAUGGUAGGAUUAUUAUAAGCCAAAAUAAUUCACUGCUGGGGAUAGAAUUAGUAUUAGAGUUUUGCUUUCUUCCUAGCCUUUUCUCUAAGACAUGGGCUUGAAGAGGAAUAGUUGCUAUACUAAACUUACAUCAAUAUUAUUGCAUGACAAUUUCAUUUCUUAUACAGUUCUCCAUAGCUUUUCUGAUACAACCUUUUAUUUUUAUUGCCAUCCUAUCUUUAUGAGAUUAAGCUUAUUCUGAGGUCCUUUAGCGUCUCUCAAAGUGACCUGUGUAGUAACUUAAACAUUUUCCUCUGAUUUUGCUCAGGUUUGUGUUUCUUUGGUUUAGCCCUCGGUUACGAGUCCACCUUGUAAUUUUGGGUAGUGAGUACGUGGACUUUACAGAUCUCUCAGAUUUUCAAAAAAGAAUGACCAUUUGCCUUCUACCCACGUCAAGUCACACAGUCAGUGCUGGAGGAACCCCUGUCUUAGCUCUCCAAGCCUCCCAGGAUCAUAAAAUCUGCAGGUCGAAGAGUUACAAAGGGGAUCUCCCGCUUAAUUGACAAGAAUAAUGUGCAGGAGAAAUCAGCGGAGGAACUUUUAACUACCUAGAUGUUAAAACUGAUUCUCUUUCUGUCUCCUGAUUUCUUACCAGUUACCUUAUAUGGAAAGAUUUUCUUAUUCAGGUACUUACCAUUUAUCAUUUUGGUUCUCUCUCUCUGAUCCAUGUUGAGUUUUUAAAAUAAUUUUUUAAAUAAAAGUUGUACAUUUAGACUUUAUACCUUUAAGUAUAGCCUUUGUUCUGUCUGGUAUUAAUAAUUAAUACUGGUAUUUUUAAAAGUUAUUUAUUUAUCUUGAGAGGGUGAGCGUGAGCAGGGGACGGGCAGAUGAGGGCGAAGAGAGAAUCCUCAAGUGGGCUCCAUGCGAAGCCCGAUGCGGGGCUUGAUUUCACGAAGUGUGAGAUCAUAACCUGAGCUGAGGUCCAGAGUUGGAUGCUUCACCGACCGAGCCACUCGGGUGCCCCAGUACUGGUAUCGAUACUACCUGGUAAUAGCCAUGAUCAUUUUGGUAAGACAUGAAGCAGAAUCCACUGUCUUUUGGGGCUAAAAUAUACAUCUCUAUUACUGGUAACAUGUGGCAAGACAGAGUUAUUCUGUACCUGUUGUUUCCGUCCUUCCUAGGGAGCUAGUGAUGUGGCAUCUGACAAAGAACCCGUAAUAUCUAGCUGAAACUCCAAGGUGGAAGUAAUGUACAAGUGACUGUGUAAAAGCCAGCCUUGUCGAUCGUUAUGUCGUGGCUGUAUGCAAGCUAGCAGUCGAAGUUGGCAAUUUUAGAAAGGACGAGUUUAGCUCACGAGUGGCUGUGUACUUACUAGUGCGAUAGUUGUUCGCAGCUUUCCCGAUCGUUUGGAGGCCGGUCAGCCGUCCUCAUGAGCGCGCCCACAUCUGGCUGCGUGACUGAGGGGGGAUCGGUGCUACAACCGCCUUUCUCUUCUCGCCCCAAGUCCUCGCUCGCCCCAAGUCCACGUUCCAUCACAGAGUACUACGUCUUAAAGGAACCGAGUAGCUUUUUGUGUGACGAAAUGUCUUCACCAGAGCUGGCACCUUUUUGGAGCUCCUCUGUGUGAUCUCGUCUUAACUGACUCACUCGGGAGGAGAAGAAUAUUUUAUAUUCCAGUUCUCAGUUUGGGUGCAAGCAGAGGUUGUGGCUCCCACAGAAUCGAUACUGUGUUUGUGUUGUGUGAUGCAGCUUCUCACAAUCCACUCUUGUUGAAUUUUUCUUUAAAGAUAGGGAUGGCUCUGGUUCAGUUUGCGAUUUCAAAACAAGUCCGCUUCUUUGCGGCGGUCCCUCCACGCAAAAGUCCUAAAAUCUGGUGUUUCCCAAAAAUCGUUUUUAAAUUGAAAGCCGUCCGUGAUACAUACAAUUGGUAUUAGAGGGAAAAGUUAAAGUAGUACGAAUUUCUAAGAUUCUGGGAAAGAGUUUCUCAGGUUCAUGUUAGCGAAUAGCUAUUAAAGUUGAAUUGGUGAUGCUGAGCAGAAGAAAUUCUUACAGCCUUCUCUUUUGAAUCUUUUCUCAAUUAAGAGUUUGGUGGUCGGGAGCCAGCAUUCGUUUUCACUGUUCCCUCUAGUGUUUGGGUGUGGCCCUUAAUGACAUCUAUUGAUUCAUUCCUGGCCGCAAUUUUUAUGCAGUUUGCCAGUUUUAUAACGUAUAGACUCCUGGGGCUUUGUUAGGUAAUUUUAAAAUAAAAAAUUUUGCCUGAGCUUUAGGCCCUUCUAAAUAUUUUUUAUGUAAACUUUUAAAAAGUAAAUUUAAGGAUUUAAAAUAUGUUUUCCUGUUCAUUUCCGUGAAAAUAAGUUAUGGAUGUAAUCAUUGCAUUUUGUUUAGGCCAUUUUUAGAUAAACAGUGAGAGAGUUCUUCAGUUAGAACCGUUUUCUAAACUUUUUCUUAGCCUUUUUUUUUUUUCUUUUAAACUGUAAACAACCUUUUGCUUCUUCAGUAAUACAGUUAGGUUAAUUUGAAACCAUCUUAGCUGGAUUCUUCUCUAAACUUCAGUUUUGUAUUGUAGUUUGUUUUUUUAAUGUUUAUU